UGCAAAUUGGGGGCGAAGUCUCAAAAUUGAAAAACUAGGGCACAAUUCUCUUCUCCUUCAAUUUGCAGAAGCAACACUAAUUGAAACACCAUCCAAUCCAUGGCGACUACGGCGGCUCAGAGAGGCGGCGGGGGGCGGAGAGCUAUGGAGGAAGACGAUGCGAAGCUCGUGUUCGAAACGUCGAAAGGUGUGGAGCCAAUCAUGAGCUUCGACGAGAUGGGAAUUAAGGAGGAGCUCCUCCGAGGAAUCUACAAUUACGGCUUCGAGAAGCCUUCCGCCAUCCAACAGCGCGCAGUUCUUCCUAUUAUCUCCCACCGUGACGUCAUAGCUCAGGCGCAAUCCGGUACUGGAAAGACUUCAAUGAUUGCCCUAACUGUUUGCCAGAUUGUCGAUACCAAGUCCUCCGAGGUCCAAGCCUUGAUUUUAUCUCCUACUAGAGAGUUGGCUUCUCAAACAGAGAAAGUAAUACUGGCAAUUGGUGACUACAUAAAUGUACAAGCUCAUGCUUGUGUUGGAGGCAAAAGUGUGGGUGAGGAUAUAAGAAAACUAGAGCAUGGAGUUCAGGUGGUAUCAGGUACUCCUGGUAGAGUUUGUGACAUGAUCAAAAGAAGAACUUUGCGUACUAGAGCAAUCAAAAUAUUGAUUCUGGAUGAGUCUGAUGAAAUGUUGAGCAGGGGAUUUAAGGAUCAGAUUUAUGAUGUCUACAGAUACCUUCCACCUGACCUUCAGGUUGUCUUAAUCUCUGCCACCCUCCCAAAUGAAAUAUUGGAGAUUACAAGUAAAUUCAUGACUGAUCCAGUUCGCAUAUUAGUAAAGCGUGAUGAAUUGACCCUGGAGGGUAUCAAGCAAUUUUUCGUUGCAGUUGAAAGAGAAGAAUGGAAAUUUGAUACGCUGUGUGAUUUAUACGACACACUUACCAUAACCCAGGCAGUUAUAUUUUGCAACACAAAGCGCAAGGUUGAUUGGCUGACAGCGAAAAUGCGUGAGAAUAACUUUACUGUCUCAUCCAUGCAUGGAGAUAUGCCUCAAAAGGAGCGAGAUGCGAUUAUGAGUGAAUUCCGGUCUGGUCAAACUCGUGUGCUUAUCACAACAGAUGUUUGGGCUAGGGGAUUGGAUGUUCAACAGGUUUCUCUGGUGAUUAAUUAUGAUCUUCCAAACAAUCGAGAGCUCUACAUCCAUAGAAUCGGACGAUCUGGUCGUUUUGGGCGAAAGGGUGUUGCCAUAAACUUUGUCAAAAGUGAUGACAUCAAGAUCCUUAGGGAUAUCGAGCAGUAUUACAGUACACAGAUCGAUGAAAUGCCAAUGAACGUGGCCGAUUUGAUUUAACAUCUGUUUUGUGGUGCAAGACGACUGUUUGAAAGCACAUGCAGCGUGUGAUGAUGGUGAGCAAAGAUUCAAGACUGGUAAUUUAUAGUUAUUGGCGACUCGUUAUGGCGAGAAAAUGAAACAAUUCGUUCAAUGCUGGGUGCUUGUUUGUGGCAUGGUGUGGUGUGGUUUUGAUCUCGCUGUGUGAAGAUUAGGACUAAUUGUUGAAGCCUUUUUUGGCACUCUUUGUAGGAGAUCUAAUCCGGAAUGGUUGUGGUGCUUAUUUUGGUUGGAUGUUUGUAUUAUAUCUCAUGCUCUUACUCUUCUUGCCCUUGUUUGGGUUGUGGUGCUUAUUAUGGUUGGAUGUUUGUACUA